ACGUGUAUUUGACAUGCUGAGAAGACAGUCACUUCGCCCUGAUCAUAUAAAGAUGUUUGUAUUAGACGAGGCCGAUGAAAUGCUUUCCAGAGGUUUCAAGGAUCAGAUCUAUGAUAUUUUCCAGCUUCUGCCUCCUAAGAUUCAGGUUGGUGUAUUCUCUGCUACUAUGCCUCCUGAGGCACUUGAAAUCACAAGAAAGUUCAUGAACAAACCUGUAAGGAUUCUUGUGAAGCGUGAUGAGCUGACCUUAGAAGGUAUCAAACA